AUGGCAACGGCCUGUUCGGUUCCCGCCUGCAUCAAACCAGGAACUCUCCUCUCUGCACUGGAUAAUAACUGCUACCUUAUCCGGGCCACCGCUACAGGAACAGACGCCUCGACAUCCGCGGACUACAUACAACCGUUCAAUCUACAAUCAUUCGGGUCCGAAGUUGACGAGAUAGCAGAGUUAAAGCAAAGACUGGGCUGGAAAAGGGCGGCUUUGGAGGGGAAAUUAUACGAUCAUAUAGGCUCAGAUACUUGGUAUUAUUUCGCGUAUGGGCCUGAACUCUCGGCAACAGAAAGCACGGCAAUGCCGGAGAAUGAGGUUGCAAGCCGGUGCAUAGGACGGACCAUCCAUGGAGAUAUCGCCGUCAUACGAUCUGGCCCUGUGGGACCAACUAACUACGCCGAGACCUUCACAAAAGCGGAAUUGGCCAAAACGGCCGAGUUCUACAAGACCGUGAUGCCCGAUACUGUAUUCGUGGAAAGAGAACAAAGCAGGGCCAUGAGGAAAUUCGGGUUCCCGGGGAUGACUGUUCCAGGUAUUCACAAAAAUUGA